GCGAGCGCCUCCACCGCAGGUAGGGCGGUCGCCCUACCGGGUCCUCCGCCCUUGUGUGCAUCUAGAAUAAUGUCCGUGCUCACAUGCGUGCUUGAAAGCAUGGGUUCAUCCUGUAGCAGACCUCACUUGAACGAGGCGGAAGCAGCUGAAAACGGAAAAUCUGCAGAGAUUGACCGGCGGAUUUUGCAAGAGACCAAGGCUGAGCAGCACAUCCACAAGCUCUUACUUCUCGGUGCUGGAGAAUCAGGAAAGUCUACGAUAUUUAAACAGAUAAAGCUCCUUUUCCAAACUGGCUUUGAUGAGGCAGAACUGAGGAGCUAUAUAUCAGUCAUCCAUGCUAACGUAUAUCAGACAAUUAAAAUACUAUAUGAUGGAGCUAAAGAACUAGCCCAAGUGGAACCAGAGUCUUCAAAGUAUGUCAUAUCCCCAGAUAAUCAGGAGAUUGGAGAAAAAAUAUCAGAAAUCGGUGGCAGGUUGGAUUACCCACUGCUUUGUGAAGAACUUGUACAUGACAUAAGAAAAUUAUGGGAAGAUCCAGCCAUUCAGGAAACUUACUCACGUGGAAGUAUUCUUCAAGUUCCUGACUGUGCACAGUACUUCAUGGAAAAUUUGGACCGAUUAGCUGAAGCAGAUUAUGUACCAACAAAGGAGGAUGUGCUCCAUGCAAGAGUACGGACAAAUGGCGUUGUGGAAAUUCAAUUUAGCCCUCUUGGAGAGAGCAAAAGAGGCGGGGAGAUAUAUAGGUUGUAUGAUGUAGGAGGUCAAAGAAAUGAGAGGAGGAAGUGGAUUCAUCUUUUUGAAGGUGUUGAUGCUGUUGUCUUUUGUGCUGCCAUUAGUGAGUACGACCAGAUGUUAUUUGAGGAUGAGGCACAGAAUAGAAUGAUGGAGACCAAGGAACUCUUUGACUGGGUAUUGAAGCAAAGAUGUUUUGAGAAAACAUCAUUCAUGCUGUUCCUCAACAAAUUUGACAUAUUUGAAAGGAAAAUACAGAAGGUUCCUUUAACUGUGUGCGACUGGUUUAAAGACUACCAACCGAUUGCGCCUGGGAAACAGGACGUGGAACAUGCCUAUGAGUUUGUCAAGAAGAAGUUUGAAGAGCUCUACUUCCAGAGUAGCAAGCCUGAUCGUGUCGACCGGGUGUUCAAGAUCUACAGAACAACGGCGCUGGACCAGAAACUUGUAAAGAAGACGUUUAAGUUGAUUGAUGAGAGCAUGAGACGCUCCAGGGAAGAAACCUGAUCGAGGAGGCUUGGUUUGCGAGCCACAGGAGAAGUCAGUUACGAUGGAACAGAAAGUUUAUGAUGUUGCGGCUCUGUAUUUUUUGUAAUUCUUUUUUUCACAGGAAGAACACUGAUUGUCCUCUUUGUGCUUUGACAAGCUAGGAAAGAAAUCUGAUGAUUA